UAUUCACAUGCUAUCGGCGUUCAGCCGCAAGCCUCUAUAAGCAACGAAUAGAAAGCUGUCAUAUAUUUUUUGUUUCAGUUGAUCACUGGGACCAUAAAGACGGCACUAAGCGAAGUUACGAUUACAGAUAAUCAAGACACCGUUGCAUCCAUCAUUUGAUCUCACCGUCUGAGCGCGAUCAUGUGCUGAUGUUCUAUGGCUUUCAGCCGCAGAUUUAGACAUGGAAAAUAAGAGAUGCCUCACUUUAAAGGGUUUCUUCCGCUUUUUGAAGGAAAGGCGGUGGUUUUGGACGAUGAUACAGCUAUAAGGCUUCCCAUGACCCUUCUGCCAUAGUACCGUGCUUCAUAGUCACACUCUCGUCCAAGACGAACUCUGAUCACGCCUAAAUAUUCUACUCAGCUUCUUCACCAUGUCUGGCCCAACUAUCAACGGCAAUCCCUUCUCUGUUUCCUCCCUUCCAGAUGGCCCUGAGCAGUCUGGCGAGACCAGACUCAACGCCCUCCCACCGAAUAUUAACUACAUUGUUCUUGAAACUCAAGACCCUCUCAAAAGACCCCAGAAGCUUUCCCUCAGAGGCCUGCGUGUUGAACUGCAGGAGUAUCUCGGUGGCAACACUUGGCUCUGUCGCUAUGAGCCCUCUGACAUCAAGGUGCUUCGCGACCUAGCCUUUGUCAAAGAUGCGAAGCCCUUACAUCCAGAGUUGAAGCUUGAGCCAGCUCUAAAGACCUCUGAUGGUGCCGCUGAUAGUCGCACCGUGGAUAUUGUCCUCCAAACACGCGCAGAUGACUCUGCCCAGGAUAUAUCCCAGCGCAUGGUGGACAACUUGGGUAUCUCGCCUGAAGAUAUCAGCAUCAGAAGUGGUGACUCCAUCAUUCGCCUGACGGGCAACGUUGACAAGAUACAAGAGAUUGCCAAAAUUGACAGUGUCGGCUCUAUCCAGGAGGUUCAUAAGCUACGCCUCGUCAAUAACGUCGCUCGUGAGAUUCUACACGCUGACGUCACCGAUUCAUCAAACACUACGAUUUUCAAGGGUGCUAAUCAAUUGGUCACCGUGGCUGAUACGGGCUUUGACAAAGGCGAUGAGCAUAACACUCAUGAGGCUUUCACUGGUCGUGUUCAGAAGCUCAUACCUAUUGGUAGACGUACUGAGACCAACGAUCCUAAUGGACAUGGCACACAUGUUUGCGGUUCUGUUCUCGGUGACGGACACGCUGACACGAUGGGAGGACCCAUAAUGGGCACUGCACCAGCUGCCAAGCUCAUUGUUCAGUCUCUCCUCGACGACGAGGGCGGCUUGUUUGGCCGAUCUGAUAAGACCCUUGGUGACCUUCUCCAAGAGGCACUGGAUGACCAAUCUUUUAUCCAUACCAACUCUUGGGGUCCUGUGUGGGAACGUCAACUUCCCUACAACAAUGCCAGCAACGAUCUUGAUACUUUCGUUUCCGCGCAUGAAGAGAUGACAGUCUGCUUCGCUGCAGGUAACGAUGGUGGUGAGAGCACUCCUCUUGGACAUAUCGGAGCUCAAGCAGCUGCCAAGAACUGCAUUGCCGUUGGAUCAUGCGAUAAUCGACGCAAGGCUAGGAACAAUCGAUUUGACACGUUCAAAGCUGAUGGGAUUGCUGAGGGUAAUCCCAACAACAUCUCGUGGUUCAGUAGCCUGGGUCCUACACUUGAGGGUCGCAUCAAGCCUGACGUCGUUGCGCCUGGUACGAUGAUUCUGUCGGCUAAGUCGAGAGAUGCGAAGCCAAGUGACAAUUUUGGUCGUUCAACUGAUCCAGCUUGGAUGUUUGAUUCGGGUACUAGCAUGGCUACACCUCUUGUAGCUGGCUGUGUUGCUGUUCUCAGAGAGACGCUGCAGAAAGAUGGAGUUGAAGCACCGAGCGCCGCUUUGUUGAAGGCUAUGCUGGUCAAUGGAGCCGUUAACACGGGACAGAAGAUCCAAGCUCAGGGAUUUGGACGUGUCGAUCUCGCAAAUUCUGUGAUUUUGAAGGGAAUCACUACCAAUAAAGGUUUCUUUGAAGGAGAACUUCUUGAUGAGGAUGCCGAUGUUGGUUUCACGAAGACCCUGAUACUGGGAGAUCUUCUCAUGCCUGACGGACCUGACUCAGCAGAAGUUACUCUCAAGGUCACCAUGGUGUAUACUGAUCUUCCUAGAGCAGCCCUUCAGAACAACCUGAACCUGAAGGUUGCUGUAGGUGAUCUACCUGGCAGGUUUGGAAAUCUCGGGAAUAGGCCUGAUGGAAAGAAUAAUGUUGAGCAGGUGGUUUGGAAUGGUAUUCCUGCGAAGAGAGAUACUAAGAUCACACUGAAUGUUUCUGCACCGCGGACUUUGCGUGAGGAUAGCCAGAACUUUGCGCUGGUUUGGAGUGUAUCUUGAUUUGGGUUGGUGUUUUACGUUGGAAGGUCACGUUUACGCUCUCUCAUUGAAUCCUCAACUAAGUUUCCCCUCUCCAGCGAUUUUUAGUCAGCAGGUCGACAAGCAAGAUUGAAUAGCUUCCAAUAGUACUGUAAAAGAUAAAAAUAAAAAAAAAGGUCACGACUAUGCAAACACCGCUCCGUGGAGCUUAACGCAUAACCGGAGUUAUUAGUAUGAUAC